GUCUGCAUUACGUCUCUAUAGUAUUGGCUCCAGUCGUGCAACCUGUAUUUUAAAUUUCCCUCCCGGAGUGUGUACAGUUUAUCGUUGCCCAGUGUAACACUUCGCGCAGGCGUGCGGCUCGAUCUCUGUAACGGACUGAUCCUACCCAGACAGAAAUCCCUGUAGAGACCUGCGAGCUGCACGAUAUACUGUAGCUCUGGAAGAUGUGGGUUUAUAUCUACAAAAGAAUCAGCAGUAUCUAAUGUGACCGUCCGAGACAAAGACACGAAACCGUAGAGACCCCAAUAACCGGAACCCAGGGGUUGGUAGAGGUUUCAGGUCUUUUAUUUUAUUUGUUUUUGAUUUUUUUUUUCUCCCGAGGUGGUUGUCAUGUAGGCCGCAGAUUGGAUUGUGUUGUUGGGGAGGAGACCUUUUGAUUUCGCUGCUGUGCUACACUUUCAUCAUUGAAUUACUUCAUUUGCCAUUCUUUGGUGAUUUUUUUACUGUUAUUCAAAGCUGGAUUUUGGAUUCUUGAGGGUUCAGAAGAAUGGAUGUGGAUGUAUGUGCUGGGGGAGACAGCACCAGAAGAAAAAUGGACACGAUGGGAGACGGAGCUCUGGAGGUUGUGCCGUUGGAGCUCUAUGACUCAUCUCGGGCAAAAAUAGAUGCCAAUCUACGGUGGCUGUUUGCAAAGGCUUAUGGAAUAGACAACAUCCCAGAGGACCUGAGAGACCCCUUUUACACAGACCAGUAUGAGCAGGAGCACAUCAAGCCACCGGUGAUCAAGCUGCUGCUGUCCAGUGAGCUGUACUGCCGUGUGUGCAGCCUCAUCCUGAAAGGAGAUCAGGUGGCAGCUCUGCAGGGGCACCAGUCUGUCAUUCAGGCUCUGUCUCGGAAAGGCAUCUACGUCAUGGAUAGUGAUGACACUCCUGUGUCAGAGUCUGAUCUCAACUGUGCCCCGAUCAAAAUGAGUGCUCACAUGCCAAUGAUUGAUGCCCUAAUGAUGGCCUACACAGUGGAAAUGAUCAGCAUUGAAAAGGUUGUCGCCAGUGUUAAACGUUUCUCAACAUUUAGUGCCUCGAAGGAGCUUCCUUUUGACCUUGAGGAUGCAAUGGUCUUCUGGAUAAAUAAGGUAAACCUGAAAAUGAGAGAAAUCACUGAGAAAGAACUAAAACUGAAACAGCAGCUUCUGGAGUCUCCAAGUCAUCAAAAAUCUCCUUCCAAAUGGUAUUGGAAACUAGUACCUGUGCGUUAUCGGAGGGACCAACUUUCCAGCAGGCAGUUACCAUACUUUCCUUUACUAGAAGACCUUGUGAAGGACGUGUGUGAUGGUGCUGCGCUUUUAGCUGUUAUACACUACUACUGUCCUGAACUCAUGAAACUCGAUGAUAUAUGUUUGAAGGAAGUGACCUCUAUAGCAGACAGCCUAUACAAUAUUCAGCUGCUGAAAGAGUUUGCUAAUGAGUAUCUCAACAAAGGUUUUUAUCUCACUACAGAGGAUAUGUUGUAUGCUCCUUUAGGGCUGAAGCAUAAUGUUAUGGUCUUCAUUGCUGAACUGUUCUGGUGGUUUGAAAUUGUCAAGCCUGACUUUGUGCAGCCAAGGGACUUUCAAGAAAUUAAAGAUGCGAGAGCAAUGCAGCAGUCAAAGAGUACCCGUCCUCCUGUUCCCAUCUCAAACGCAACCAAACGCAGUUUCAUGGUGAGCCCGGCCGGCAUGGCCAGUCCAGCAGAAACACCACUGCUGCCUCCAAUUCAGAGCAGCCCCGAAGUCAGUAGCAGGUACUACCUGCACCCUGAAGAGUCUGAGUUGCUUAGUAAGGGAAGUCCAUCAUAUAGUCUGUCGCAUCCAUUGCUACCUCUAAGGCAGAAGCAACAGAAAUCCUUGCAGGGAGAGGAUAGUCCAGGUCUUCGCCAUCGUUCCAACUCGCUCACUCGAGAUGAUGGACAGCCAAGGGGUUCAGUGGUAGCAUGGCCAGAGAAGAAACAGAGACCUGCCUCCCAACCUACACCAUAUGCUCUUCAUUAUGCAACCGACAGUGACAUAGAUAUCGCCUCUGGUGACAAUGUCAGUCUCGCCAGGUCAAUCAGCAAAGAUAGCCUGGCUUCCAACGUGAUCAACCUAACACCGAAACAUCAGCCACAAACUGGCCUCAGAAAGGUCAAUGGACAAGGCUUGCUUAGGAAUGUCAGUAUAGAGGAUGAGGAGGAAGAAGAACUCAUAGCUAUCAUAAGAUCUGAGGAGAGAAUAAACAACCGUCUUCCAUACCAAGGGGACCUUGAGCUGCAGAGCAUCUCAUCAAGGGCCACGACAGCCAGGUCACCUAGGGUACAGGAUGAAAGUUCCUCACAACCUAGUUCCUUUUUCUUGGAACCAUUGAUGCCUGCGGCCUUAAAACCAGCAAAAGAGAAGUCUGUGAAUGUCAACAAAGAGCAGGAAAGUGGAGAAGGGAGACACAAGGGCGCCGCUUCCAAGAGGCUGGUUGAUGGAAAUUUGCCUUCGACACGAACAAAAGUUAUGAAUAGUGCAGAUCCAGAUCUAAACCGUACUUUCACACCUAUUUCCAGCUCUGACUUUACCAACGUUACAGACUCAACUCUUACAGAAUCUGUGCAACUCCCAAUGGAGAGUGCAUUUGGGCCUUUUAGACCGCUGGCCACAAGCAGUGUUGAUCCUGCACCUGGGGAGCAGAGUGGAGGAUUCUUCCUUCAUUGUUCUGAAUCUGAAGAAAAAGCUACAGAAAGCAUUGGAAGUGGUAGCCCAUUGUGUAUGCCUGAAUCUACAUGGGAAGUGAGGCAAGACUCGGAUUCAGAAGUUCUUGAUAUGGAUGAAGUUGAUCAGGACUUGGAGGUAGCUAAUGAGAUCCAGCCGGUUAGAAGGAAAUACUUUGGUGAAGAAGAAUCGGCAAAGUUACAAGAAGAUAUGAAGGUAAAGGAACAUGAGGACAAAGACGGAGGAAGUGGCCGCUCAAGUCCUUGCCUCAGUACCAUCUCCCAGGCCAGUAGUGUAUCCAUGGCAAGCGGGAGCAUCAAGAUGACAAGCUUUGCAGAGCGUAAACUUCAAAGAAUUAACAGCCAUGAGGCUAAGUCGAGCACAAGUAGCUCACAAAAGACUACCCCAGAUGGCUCCGAAUGUGGUCCUGUACCCUUGACCACAUGGAGACAGAAACGAGAUCAGAGCCCUACCAGGCAGAGCAAAGACAAUGUCCACGUUCUAGCUUCCGAGCUAGUACAGCUUCACAUGCAGUUGGAGGAGAAAAGAAGAGCGAUAGAGACCCAGAAAAAGAAAAUGGAAGCCUUGUCUGCAAGACAAAGGCUAAAGUUGGGCAAAGCAGCCUUUUUGCAUGUUGUGAAGAAAGGGAAAACUGAAAGUAUUCCUCAGCCCUUAAAACCAGAUUACCUUUCGAAAGAGGACCCAAAGGUCAAUGGGGAAAGCUUUAUUUUGUCUGCGCAACAGUCUAGAGCUGAAGAAGUUUCCUCAAACAACAGCCUUCACCAUCCCCAAGAAGUGCCCAAAGAAAAGGAUAUGCAGGAAAGCAGAAGUACAGUGAAAUGGGCGAGAGAAUCUCCAACGCCGCCUACUGUGCUGGAUACAGACAAUAAGUUAAAUUCCACAAUCUUGUUGGAUGACAGUGGUUCUGAAAUUGACGUGAAUGAAUGCAACCGCUCAAUUGACAUGUUGAAUAAUGCUAUAAGCACCAUUCAACAGCAAAUGAUGCAGCUUUCCCUACAGCAGGAUCUACUGAUGAAACAAAAUGUUCAGUCUCCUACCACAACAUCCCCCAAUGGUAAAAGUAACCCACCUGAGCAAAAAAUCAGGCCAGCUGUGCAUUUUGUGGAACCACUUUCACCAACGGGAAAUGGGACAGUCCGUAAACCGCCUCGUUUUGGUCUGGGCCGGAGUCCACGUUCAAAGCCGACAGACCUAAAAUUGUCAAAAGAAAAACAGCAGAGUGCCCCUCGUAUUAUCACACCAACUCAAAGCAUAGAAACUCUUCCUCAUUUAAGACCGUUCCCAGGUAACAGAACAGCUAAAGCUGAGCCAGAAGAUGCAAGUCCUAUCAGCGGUAUUCCUGUGGAAUCAAGAAGUGGUACUUUAGAAAAGGGCUCGCCAAGGUCUUCGUCAAGCUUCAGGCUGCAUGAGGAGGCCAACCAGCGGACGUUUGUACUUUCUACUUCUAAAGAUACUAACAAUGUUUCAGAGCAAGAGUAUAAUGAAUGUCAAGCUAAUCACCUAAAAGAAGCAGAGUUAAACUCUUCUGAUGGUUCUGGGAAGGAGAACAUUCCUUUUGAAGAGUCAUCGAAAAGUAAAACUCAACUCAUUGAAGUGGAUCUUUCUGACUUGAAGGCACCGACUGAAGAAGGGAGCUUUGAAAUUCAGGACACAUCAGCAGACACGUUGGGCGAGGGAGACCAGAAGUCUGUUUUGGGAUUCUUCUUUAAGGACGAGCAGAAAGCUGAAGAUGAGCUGGCAAAAAAACGUGCUGCCUUCCUCCUGAAACAGCAGCGUAAGGCUGAGGAGGCUCGUCUGAGAAAGCAUCUGCUCGAGGCAGAGAUUGAACAGAAACGCGAGGAGGCGAGGCGCAAAGCAGAGGAAGACCGAAUUCGUAAGGAAGAGGAGAAGGCCCGGAGAGAGCUAAUCAAACAGGAGUACCUGCGACGGAAACAACAGGAGAUAAUUGAGGAGCAGGGACAGGGGAAACUCAAAACAAAACCCAAGAAGCAGAGGCCCAAAUCUGUCCACCGGGAAGAAACCUACAGCGAUACUCCGUCCAAGUGCUCUUCUACCCGAAUACCUCGCAGAAAACAAAUCCCGACUGCCUGCCGGAGUCCCGGUGACAUUUGGGGAGCUGAUAACUUGAGCAGUGCCCAGUCUGGCUCCAGUCUGUCUUUGGCUUCAGCAGCUACCACUGAAGCUGAGAGUGUUCACUCUGGUGGGGCUGCAUCUCAGCGGGGGGAGUCCGUGGAAUCAUUCCCUGGGCUGAGCAGAAAUGCCAGCAGAAACACUGAGCGAGACUGGGAGAAUGCAUCGACAGCAUCCUCAGUUGCAUCUGUGGCUGAAUACACUGGGCCAAAAUUAUUCAAGGAACCCAGUGCAAAAUCAAACAAAACAAUUAUCCACAAUGCUAUUUCACAUUGCUGCUUAGCUGGAAAAGUCAAUGAACCACACAAGAAUUCAAUUUUGGAGGUAAUUGAGAAGUGCGAAUCCAAUCACCUAAUGAUCCUCUUCCGCGAUGCUGGCUGUAUGUUCCGUUCACUUUAUUCCUACUUCCCUGAUACUGAAGAGAUCCACAAGGUGACAGGCACUGGGCCAAAGAGCAUCAGCAAGAAAAUGAUCGACAAGCUUUACAAAUACAGCUCUGACCGGAAACAGUUUAACGUGAUCCCUGCCAAGACCGUGUCCGUCAGUGUGGAUGCUCUCACCAUUCACAACCAUCUAUGGCAAGUCAAGCGACCGUCUGUGCCAAAGAAAUCUGGGAAAUGAAGGAUGAUUCUGGAGGGAAACUAUUUGCUUUCGUCCUGGACAGAACGCGUCGACAUCAGCAGUAUAUAUUUUCCAGUAGAAACUUUAAAAGACUGCUUGGUUUUCAGAUCUAACUUACAAAUGGGACACAGUAAAUGCUGUGAGGGAACCUGAGAUUCUUAUUGUUGUGAAAGAGUAUUAUUUUGGUAUCUCAAAUUGUCUUUGGAGAAACAGAAGUAAGCUGGAUCUUGGUGCUGUCUGUUCAGGUUUUUUAAACAAAAUGGACUCUGCAUGUGGCACAUUUUCUAACCAGUGGAUUUCUUUUUACUUGAAGUAUUGUUUGGCACUAGUUGUGGAGUGUAUUUAUUUGCGGAUCCACUCUUGAAGCGACAGGAAAAUCUUUGGAGGCAGGAAACUUGAAUCAGGGAUUCUGUAUCCUCUACCCUGAACCAGGAAACUAUGGAGUGGACAUAGAUUCCUUUUAAUGGCUGGAGCGAAAACACUACACUUGUUCUUUACGAUAUAAUACUGACAUCACAUAAUGCAAAUCAUCAGAUAAUAUACCACCAAUGUGUCUCCCAACUUCUCUCAAAACAUGCUGCUCGGAAACAUUUUACUAUUUUAAAGAGAAAAAACCCUGAGAAAUCCACUAUAGGCAUUCAUUUACUGUGUUACUGUUUGUCUAGUUGUAUUUGCUUUUAAUAUAGAAGACUGGUUUAUUGUAUUCAAGAUCAAAGCACUGGUUGCACAGAAUCAUGGGAAUAUAAUAAAAAGAAAAAAGCUCCUUAAUAAGAGGGGGUGGUGGAAGCUGAAACCUUUGACAGGUAAAUUGGUACAAACCUUUAUUUUUACUUUAUAAACCCAUGUAUGGUCUAAAGCAGGUAUCUCCAACCCUGGACCUGGAGGGCCGGUGUCUCUCCUGGUUUUUGUUCUAACUGUACACUAAAUUAAUUAAUUGGACCAAUUAAGCAAUUUAGGGUACCGUUGGAACAAAAACCAGGAGGGACACCGGCCCUCCAGGACCUGGGUUGGAGAUCCCUUGUCUAAAGGGUAAAAACAGGUGUUAUGUUAUUUGUUACAAUAAGAACUUUUUGUUAGAGGUAUUUCUGCACCGGGCACGGUAUUCAUCUAUGAAGCUGCACUCUCAGAUCACAGUUUUAAUGUUUUUUUUUAUUAUGCAAUUGUAAUCAUAGGUUCUCUGUCUAUUUUUUUUCUAUUCCGAGUGAGCAGCAUGCUCUGUAAUGAAGAGUGUGCCUGUUAACUUUUUGGGUGACAGUAUUUAAUAUAUUCAUAAUAGCAUAAUCUUUGAUUGUUGUCUAAUUAUUUACAGUUCUCAAAGGUGACGUGUGUGACGCAUUAAGGUUAAAUCAGUUUCAUGUUUUGCCUCAAGAUCAAAAUGGAUUAAGUGUUGCACAUUAUCCUUGCUUGCUGAUCAACAUAAGGCUUGCAUUUGGGAGACAGAAUGUGUAUAUUUUGGUAUUUUAAAAGGGUGGAAAACCAUCAACAGUCUUAUUUACAAACCCAAGACUUUGUUUGUUCCAAACUAAGCUGUAUGUAUUACCAAAAAGCAGGUAGGAUAACAGUAACUACAGCAAGCUGAAGGUCUUCCUUUGUUAUAUCUUUUUUCCAAAUCGUAGGAAAAAAAAAAAGGCUUUAGAAUACUUCAUUGAAUAUAAGUUGCUGCAUUUUGUAUAUAUGUUUUGGAUAGCUGUUCUGUAAAUAACUUCUGAUUUAUGAUUACUAAAGAUUGGUAUUCAAUUUUAUCACAUUAGGGUACUUUUCUGUUACAAAUACCAUGCUUUUCAUGCUCAUGCUUUUUUUUGUUUGUUUGUUGUAUGUUUGAUAUUAUUAUUAUACCAUAUAUUUAUUUUAAAGAGAAGCACUGCAAUUUAAUAAAUAUUACCAGUAAACUCUUUGUUUACCAUUGCCCCAA